GGUCAACGUUCAAUCACACACGCCAAGAGAAACAAACAACGGAACAUCAACAAAGACCAGAGAGAGGUGACAGAAAAUCGAAAUUCGUAUUUACGACUACAGUUUAGGUCCAACGAUACUUGUGGGAGCGACACAGCAAGACAAGUGGAAUCGGCCACUUAUAAGCUCACUGAUUCAGUGGUCACGACGAAUGCAGCUGAGAGUGAAGGAUGGCAGGUGUUUUCGAUAUUGACUUGGAGUCGGACGACCUUAGCGAUGCAGAGGAUGACAUUUGUGACUUCACCGUAGCAGAGACAGACCCUGUUCAAACAGAAGAGAUAGAGCUGACCAGUGCCAUUGUCAACAGAGACAGUGAGAGGAUCGGACCAGACAGCUUUGAGCUGCUAAGUGUGCUGGGCAAGGGGGGCUAUGGCAAGGUUUUCCAGGUACGGAAAGUGCAGGGUACACAGACGGGGAAGGUAUUCGCCAUGAAGGUUUUAAAGAAGGCGAAGAUAGUGUGUAACGCCAAGGACACGGCCCACACGCGUGCGGAGCGGGAGAUUCUAGAGACGGUGCGGCACCCCUUCAUCGUGGACCUGCUGUAUGCCUUCCAGACCGGGGGUAAACUCUACCUCAUCCUGGAGUGUCUCAGUGGUGGAGAACUGUUCAUGCAGCUGGAGAAAGAAGGAAUCUUCAUGGAGGACACUGCCUGUUUUUAUCUGGGCGAGAUUGUGCUUGCUUUGGGACACCUCCACUCAAACGGAAUCAUCUACCGAGACCUGAAACCAGAGAAUAUCAUGCUGAACCACCAAGGACACAUCAAGCUGACUGACUUUGGCCUGUGUAAGGAGUCCAUUCACGACGGCGCUGUCACGCACACCUUCUGUGGGACCAUAGAGUACAUGGCUCCAGAGAUUCUGACGCGUACAGGACACAACCGGGCGGUGGACUGGUGGAGUCUUGGAGCCCUGAUGUAUGACAUGAUGACGGGCUCGCCUCCGUUCACUGCUGAGAACAGGAAAAAGACCAUUGAUAAGAUCUUGAAGUGUAAAGUCAACCUACCGCCCUACCUCACACUGGACGCCCGAGAUAUGAUCAAAAAGCUGCUGAAGAAGAGUCCUUCUCAGAGGCUAGGCUCCAGUGCGGCAGACUGUAAAGACAUACAGAAGCAUCCCUUCUUCAGACACAUCAACUGGGACGACCUGCUGAAUAAGAGGUGUGAGCCGCCCUACAAGCCAUGCCUGCAGUCAGAUGAGGACGUGAGUCAGUUUGACACGAGGUUCACCAAGCAGACUCCGGUGGACAGUCCUGACGACUCCACAAUCAGCCACCAGCACGAACACGCCUUCGCUGGUUUUACCUACGUGGCUCCCUCUGUGUUGGAGAGUCUAAAGGAGGGCUUCUCCUUUGAACCACGGACACGUCCCGUACGCAGACACAACAGCAGUCCACGCACCCCCAUCAGUCCUCUCAAGUUCUCUCUCCCCGGGUCAUUCGCCAAGUCCACAGGAGGAUCAGGGGGAGGAGAGAGCGAGUCGGACCUUCUCUCCCAGACCUCGUUCCGUCUCCCGCCAACAACCCCGCCCACCGACAACGGCGCCACACAGCCAAUCAGCACACCAGGCCGGAACAAGAAGCAGAAGUGUAACCGGAGAUGAACUGGAGUAAGCAGAUUCGGGAGGAGUCUGGACUUUUGGCCGCGUUCCAGGCCGACUACUUUGCAGACGUGCCGCGCGCAUCCGCCAAUGGCUGAUUGCCACGUCAUCGACAGUUGGACGCAUGUUGCUAUACCAUACGAUGUGGGUAGCUGAUAUGUUUAACACCUAUCCAGGUAUUGUGACGUCUGGCAGACGACUGGUAGUCCGUCUGGAACGCGGCCGCUCUCAGGGGGCCUUGUGUUUCUCACAGGCUGGGUCCCAAACCCCCAUACUGCACACUCGCUCCCUUCCCACAAUACCCUCAUUGACUCAUUCCUUUAAGGUCUGAAUAGGGGAUGAGCUUAGUUGAAGAGCUACAGGGUGUGCAGCUUUUUUGUUCCAGUCAAGCACUAACACCUGAUUCAGCUCCUGGUCUUGAUGAUUAGUUUAGUAGUAUCAGGUGUGUUGGUGCUAGGCUGGUGCCCACCUCCACCUACCAGGGUUGUGACUAGAGGGAGUACAGCUACAACCGGACGUGACUUUUCGUUGCAGGUUAGGAGAGCAUUUUAGUUAAUCCCAACCCUUUUCUUAACCUUAAUUCCUAACCUGCCACGUUAAUGAUCCUAACCUGCUGCAUAAAUGUCACUUUCAGUCGUAGCUGUACACCCUCUAGUCAGAAUCACCUACCAGGGGUGGGGUCAAUAUCUGUUUACUUCCUGAAUUGACUUGAAAUGGAAUUGACCCCAACCUUUCCUACGCUACCAGAGGACCAGCCACUGCUUUUCCAUGGCCAGUUGCCACAGAGCCACAAAGGGAAGUCAACCAGGGUUUAGGGAACAGGUUGGAUUAUCAGUUUGGGAUCCAGCCACUUCACUUGACAUUUUUCUCAACUUGCCACAUAAGCAAAGAGACCACCAACUACUGCCAAAGCAUUUGACAUUGCCAUUAUCAAGAUGUUAAAAGGUCGAUUUUGGGCAAAAUGAACAAAUCAAAUCAAAUUUAUUUAUAUAGCCCUUCGUACAUCAGCUGAUAUCUCAAAGUGCUGUACAGAAACCCAGCCUAAAACCCCAAACAGCAAACAAUGCAGGUGUAAACAGCUUUAAACUGUAUAACUGAUCAAUGUGCCAUCAUACCAGGUUAUUUAAUUAUUGAUUUUUUUAAAUUGAUGAAUAAGAUAUUUGACUAUAGAUGUGCCAUUUCUUACUGAUCUCUACAGUUUCCGGCCAAAAUCAAGUCAUGUGAAAUGAUGUCCACAUGUACUGGAAGAGUUAUAUGCUCGCGUAGCUAAUGAACGAGCAACGUUGUUUGCGGCACGCCUGACCACAAUAACACAAUGAACCACCAAAGGUACGGCCCAUUCCUGUUUGAAAAUUGAGGAAUAGGCAGAGUUGGACCGUAUUUCACGCCCAAAGUCGACCUUUAAAAGGUUGAUUUUUAGACUAGUGAUCAUUGUCAUAACGCAGGAAUGAAAGUAUUGAAUGACUCACAUUUCUAAAAACACUGUAUAAAACACUCUGCUUAAGAUCAUCUUUAAAAUACUAAAAAGAUGAGUAUUUUUGAUUAUGAAAGCGACCACAUUUCUACAUAAGCUCGUAUUACAGCUGUAAAGCAAUCCGACUCAUUUGAGUCCUAUGUGUCUGAAGCGAAGUUGAUUUAGCCUUUUAUUUUUUAACAAGCACUCAUACCAUAACAUUACUCAUAUCAUGUAGAACCAUAGAUCUACGGAGUUCUAGCAAACUAUUGUACAUGUGGGCAGACCUGGGUUCAAAUAGUAUUUGUUUUCUUCCUUGAGCUAAAGUUUCACUUGAUUUGAGCUUGUCUGGCGCAUUGGGACCAAUGGAAUAGUCCAAACGCCAUCCAUCCAUCCAAAGAAAAUUGAUACAGUUUGAUUUUGAACCCAGGUCUUGUGCCAACAUGGCACCCAUUCACAUUCUUCCAACUGAAACAGUUUGCCCGAACUCUGUUUAUCCGUGGCUCUUUCAUCAACCAUCCUGUCAUACUGUUGUGAGAACUAGCUUUGGAAGACAAGACCUCUAUCAUUGAAAGUCAUAUUUGGGUCUGGGGGAGGGAAAUAAUAUUUUCAUAAAAAAAAAAUAGUAUUAUUUAAUGGACUGAUGACAUGUUCCGGAUCUAAGUGGAAUGUUUUUAUCAGUUUUUAUUUUAUUUCCUGCGGCUAAUGUGGUUGUGAGGAAAAUAGGUUUGCAGAAUCCUGAAGAAUAAAGACAUUGAAUGUCUGAA